AUGACCACAGAACAGCCUACCGCCCGUCUCCAGAGAGUCGAUUCCCAACCUGAAAACCCAUUCUCAGCCCUGAUCGAGGACCAGUCUAUCGUUAUCAUCCCAACAUUCACCUUGGAAUCCGGCGUUACCCUCUAUAACGUUCCGGUAGCCUAUACAACCCGCGGAACACUCUCACCGAGUGGUGACAAUGCUCUUGUCAUCUGCCAUGCUUUGAGUGGUAGCGCUGAUGUGGCUGACUGGUGGGGACCCCUACUUGGCGGCCCCGGACAAGCCUUCGAUAUCUCGCGGUUCUUUGUUGUCUGUCUCAAUAGCCUCGGUAGUCCGUACGGAAGCGCAAGUGCGGUGACCUACAAGGAUGGAAACCCGGAAAAAGGCCUGUACGGGCCCGAGUUCCCUCUUACCACUGUCCGUGACGAUGUGAGAAUUCACAAGAUGGUGCUGGACGAUCUUGGUAUUAAACAAAUCGCGGCUGUAGUUGGCGGCUCAAUGGGCGGCAUGCUCACUCUUGAAUAUGCAUACUUUGGGAAGGACUACGUUCGAGCCAUCGUUCCCAUCGCGACAUCGGCACGACACUCUGCCUGGUGCAUCAGCUGGGGGGAGGCGCAGCGCCAGAGCAUCUACAGCGACCCCAAGUACGAAAAUGGGUACUAUUCAUUCGACGAACCUCCUGCCGCUGGGCUUGGUGCUGCCCGGAUGUCGGCCCUUCUGACCUACCGAAGCCGUAAUUCGUUCGAGUCUCGGUUCGGUCGAAACGUACCAGACCCGUCGAAGCGGCAGAACAUCAAUGGUACAGAAAGACUACCUACUCCUCCGAACGAGCAUUGGGCGAUCCACAAUGAUGGCCACAAGGGCAAUUGGAGCGGCCGUAACUCUCCCGCGCCAGAGAAACCUGCGGAGAAGACCGAGGUGCAGUAUAUGGACCCACAGUUCUCUGGGACCAAGACUUUCAGCAAAAGUGUCAGCACUACCGAUGGAAAUGCUCAGAAACGACCUGCGACCUAUUUUUCUGCCCAGUCAUACCUUCGCUACCAGGGAGACAAGUUUGUGAAACGGUUCGACGCCAACUGUUACAUCGCCAUCACUCGCAAGCUGGAUACACAUGACGUCUCUCGCCACCGAGCCCGUCCGGACUCCGAAAAUCCCGUUCGUGAGGCGCUUUCGCAGAUCCAGCAACCCGCCCUGGUUCUGGGAAUCGAGAGCGAUGGGCUCUUCACCUUCGAGGAACAGAAAGAAAUCGCCGAGGGCAUCCCAGACUCGAGACUCAAACGCAUUGACAGCCCCGAAGGCCACGAUGCCUUCCUACUUCAAUUCGAGCAGGUCAAUCAGUACAUCCUGGAGUUCUUCCGGGAGGUUCUUCCCGACAUAAUGUCCAAGACGCCCACGGAUGGUGCCGCCAUCGACGGUGUUGGCAAGCUAACCAAGAGCAGCACUUUUGGAGAAGCGGAGGUGGAAGAUAUUACCGCCUGGUAAUAAACCACACAUAGCAUCACUCGUUGGCGCAGAGAUUGCAGCCUUGACACAUCAAUGCUCUACGAAUGAGCGGUUCCCACGCCUCCUCUCGGUCAAGAGAGUACACGUCGGCGAUCCCAGCCAUUUUCAGAGUUUUGUGGGAGUAGCGGUGCAGCCUUGUUAUUUUCAUUCUUAACCAGUCAGAGAGAUGAGCAUCCAACUGCCUCUCUCGCAACCACCAUCACAGGUCAGACUGUAAAGAAGCAUCCAACUGCUCCCCAUCACACAAACCCUCGACCAUGUCGGUCUCAUGCGAUGCAUUUCGCGAGGGUGAUGGGCCGUAUUCCGAAAACCGGACAUUAUUCUAUAUUACAGCAUAGUUUGCAUAGGAACGCAGUGUGUUCAACGUUUCUUUUUAUUUAUUUGGUUUUUCUUUU